CGAGACUUUAAUAAGCGCAGGUAAGGCGCGUGUGAGGAGCUGACAUGGCCGCAGCUGAUGUGAAAAGGGUUUUGCAAUUAAAACAUCAGCUGAAAGAAUCCUGUGAAGGACACACGCUGCUGAAAAUCUUGAAGAAAUUGGAAGCAUUGGACGUUACGCUUGAAAUUCUCGCCGAAACGGGAAUCGGAAAAGUCGUCAACUCCUUUCGGAAGCACGAUGAAGCAGGAAAGGUGGCGAAAAUAUUGGUUAAUCGAUGGAAAACGCUUGUUCCAAAAGACUCUCUGAGUUCGAGCGGAGGAAAACCUGACGACUGCCUAACCCAAAAUGAACCACCCAAUAAAGACAUUCAAGAAAAGAGUAAACGUGAAAACGGCCAGCUUUCAGAGACUACCAAUUCUAGAAAGAAGCCAAAAACGGAAAAUUCCAGCACUGAAAAGACAAUGUCGCAGAAUGUUGACAAUAAAUGCAAAAUCAAAUCCAAAAUCUGCUUGAAUGGUGAAAAGAAGAAUGAGUCAAAAAAUGAUUCAAGUGUAAAUCGGGGCUCACGGAGUCGCGGCUCAGGACGUGGCAGGGAAAAGACGAGCGGUGAGCACACAAAAUACGAAAACAAAAAGACUGAUAAGAGAUCUGGCAUAAACAAAACGGAGGAUGCCAAAACUCUGAAAAGACCUGAAGCGGCGCCGAAGCAGAGAGAGAAGAGUGGAGAUGCGUGCAAGAAAGAAAAGAUGGAGAAGGCCACAGAGAAAGCAGUAGCAAUGGAGACUGACAAACAGGCUGAGGAUGGCUGUGAAACGCCCUCCAUGUCCUUCGAGGCCUACCUGAGCUAUGACCUCGAGCCUCCCAAACGCAAAAAAACCUUCAGUGUUGCUAAGAACCCGAAGAGACUUAAAACUGCUCACAAAGAGAACUCUGGUGUGUCUCUUGUGAAGACAAGCAAAGUAGUAACAGAAGACCCAAUGACAACGGUUCCUGAGCAGUCAGUGAUGGACUUGCUAAACAUUCCUUUGCCAACCAGUUUUCCUGAAUGCGAGGACGUUUCUCAGUAUCAGUACUUCAGUGAAAAGAAAGCGGAUAGAAAGGCGAUUGAUGUCUGUGAAGAGGCCCCGGUCUUCAUUGGACAAAGGCUGAAGAAUAAGAUGCAAGUGUACUCUGGUAGUAAGAUGGCGUACCUGCCCACCAUGAUGACGUUGUACCAGCAAUGCAUUCGAGCGCUGCAGAACAACAUUGACGCUCUGUAUGAAAUUGGAGGUGUGCCUUUUGAGAUCUUGGAACCAGUGCUAGAGCGCUGCACACCUGAUCAGCUGCUCCGGAUCGAGGAGUAUAAUCCUGUGUACAUUGGGGUGACGGACCACCUGUGGGAGAGACACUGCCAGAAAGACUUUAGAAACGCCCAGCUGGAGGAGUACGAGUCCUGGAGAGAGAUGUACCUCCGUGUGUCCAAGGAGAGAGAGAGGAAACUAAAGCAAAUCACAAAGAGCAUCGUCUCUGCUCACUCUGGGAAGCCCAAAGGCAGGCAGGUGAAAAUGGCUUUUAUUCACUCAGCUGCUAAGCCACCUAGAAAUGUGAGAAUCCAACAGGAGAUUCACGGCACAGCCGGCCCCGUGACACUACCUCACCCAACAGACAGAGCCAGUAGUGUGAAACCCAGUGAGAAUCGGGGAAGAUCCAGCUUCAGUGAGCCUUCAAAACCCUCCUCUAACAACUCUGGCCAAUCCCAAGAUCCCCGAAAGAUUAAAAGAGUGGCACCCAUGAUGGCAAAGUCCCUAAAGGCCUUUAAAAAGCAGCUUAAUCGCAGAUGAAUGUAGCAGAUAAUACUGAAAGUGUAUCAUUCCUCGCCCACCCUUAUUUUUUAUUUUUUUUCGUAAUUACACAAGAUGCAUACAAUAUUGAUGAUAUAUGAUGUACUUAUUUGUAUGAACAAUAGUCGCACUUUAAAAUCAGGCUGUCUCUUUAUAUAUGUAAAAAAAUAUUUUUUUUCAAUCAUGACCAACACGGUUUGAAUUCUGAAAUUAAAACUAUAAUAA